CUGUGAUUGCAUGCCACAUGGUCGGAUAUCACUAUGUAUCACUCGGCACUGUUGGGACUUGGGCUAGAGCUGGCUGAGGUUGGCGGCAUAAACGGUGUUUCAGCUGUUUUCGCAGUAUUUUCUCGUGUGGUGGACGCCAACACAAGCAUGUCAUGUGGCGCCGUAUCCAUCCACCUGUUGCCGUGCCUUGACUACUGGGCCACAAUCGGUGCCACUUGCACUUGGCAGUUACGGUGGGGGGCAGGAUAAGUGCCUCCAAGCUUCGGCUAUCAGCGGCACAUACAUAGUAUGGGAUGCGGGGUGGAUUACAGUUGACGAGUCCGAGAGCAGGGGUAUGUGGAGAUGUGGAGAUUGAGCGCUACGUC